CAGUCUACGAACGGUUUGGUUCCAAGCAACAAACAGUUUCAUGUAAAUGUCGAAACGGUUUCUUCCUCGACACGAAACGUGUUUGAGUAAUGCAUCCCAAAAAUUUCAAUGCGGCAACCGAACUCCCCUCAAUCGUCACAACAGAGAGGGUUUGUUCGGGAAUUUCUACGAAUUUUUGAAUGACGUAGUCAAAACGAUUUACGAAGGUGCGCGCCUAAGUGUAUUUGCCCCGCUGAAAAUUCCGCCGGAAAUUAUUCCAUGGAGUUCAAAUCCCUUGAGUAAUUUGGUUACAUCCAUGUAAAAUUUUCCCUGAAACAGUGAUUCCACGGGAAAGCAAUAGAAGAUUUUGAUUCUAAUUUCAUAUCAUGAAAACAUCUGUAUGAUGAAUAUAAUUUAUCUACAAUUAAUUUACAUAAAAUAAGUAUGCAAGAAGAUGUUCUACAAGCACAACAAGAUAUGGACAAUGAUGAGGAAGGGCAUGAAGACAACAACAUAUUAACAAGAGAAGAGUUUAUGCAGAUAGCUGCAAUGGGUCCUGCACAAGAAACAGAAUAUAUAGAGUAAGAAAACAGAGACAUUGAUAUGCAAAACAACUGGAAUGAACUUUUAGAAAACAUUUAAAAUUUGGAACAAAAGAAGAAAUCGAAACAUUCAUACAACGAAUGAAGACUUUUGCACAAAUUAAUGAAAGAACACAACUUCCUGAAUUCCAAAAUUUAACAUUGACUGAUGAGCAACAACAAGAAAUGGAUGUUUUACAGCAUCAAUUGCAAUCACUUUCUUCAGAUGACAAUUCUACAGUUACUGAUAUUCCAAGAAAAAUUAUAGUGCAAGGAAAAGCAGGUAAGUCUAUAGCUAGCACAAUUAGUAAAAAUAUUACUACAACAAAUUGAAUUUAAAAUAAAUGAUGUCAAUUUUAUUUUUAGGAACAGGGAAAAGUGUACUGAUAAAAAAAAAAACUGCAGCAGUACAGUCAAAAUUUAAAAAUUACUCAAUUAUUUGAAUGGCACCAACCGGCAUUGCAGCUAUUAACAUUGAAGGGUCAACUAUUCAAAGCAACCGAAAAAUAUAUCUACAGCAACUUUUUGCACCAUUGAAAGGAGAAGUUGCAAGACAGUUUGAACAGUCAAUGACUAAUGUCAAAUUUAUAAUUAUUGACGAAUGCAGUAUGGCCAAUGCUUCCAUGCUAUAUUAGAUACAUAAACGGUGCCAGGAAGGAAAACAAAAUUUUGAAGAUGACUUUGGAAAUUCAAUUAUUUAUCUAUUUGGAGACAUCAAACAAUUAGCGCUAGUCAUGGGAACACCUAUAUACAGUGACAAACAACCACUUAUAACAGACAAACAAGGAAAGGAUUUAUUUUGAAACUUUGACAAAGUAAUUGAACUAAAUCAUGUAAUGAGGCAAUCAGAUACAACUUUUUGGGACCUUCUUGACAAUAUCAGCACUGGGAAUAUUACAGAAGAGGAUUAUAAAAUGAUAAGUACACGAUUUGUGUUAAAUGCUCCCAGUUAAGAAAGAAAUGAAUAUCACCAAGCCAUUCAUUUAUUUUCUGAGAAGAAAGAAGUUUAUGUAUACAAUUAUGCAAAAUUAGCUUCAAUGAAAAUACCAGGAACAAAUAAUUUAGAACCAUUAGCAAAAAUUCCUGCACAACAUAAUAAUCAAACAGCUGAAAAUGGAACAGAAGACCAAGCUAAAGGAUUACAGAAUUGCAUUCAUCUAUGUAAAGGUGCAUCUGUAAUUUUAACAAACAAUCUUUCGUUUCGCGAUAACUUAACAUUUGUCUCUCUGUUUCAGUUUGUUGCUGUGGCCGACCAGCCCUCGAAGAAAGAUUCCCCUUCGGUGGAAGAGCCGCCAGCGGGCGUCGCCGACAAGAUGCCGGCGCCGUCGAGCGCCGAGACCACGCCCUACGAUGACGUCGACGCCCCCGCCAAUGGUAAUGGACUCCUGGCCGCCCCUGGGAAACGAAGAAUCGCCCACCGCCCGACGGCUGUAGUGCCUACCGCCACCAAGAAAAGAUCUCUAAUUUGCCGAGUUACCUAUAAGAAAGAUGUAAAAAGAAGAAUUUUUCAAAUCGGUGUUCGAGCGGCGUGGAGCCACCCCGCACCCCCCACCCAAACCCCUCAAAGAGUGUCUACUAAGGCAUUGGCGGAGGCCCUUAAGAGGCGUCAUCAGAAGAAGUAGUUUUUUUUUAAAAUCAUGCUUUAUUUUAUUUUUAAGAUAAAAAUCAACAUUAAAAUCAUGUUCAUC